AUGCCAACAGACACCAGACUCACCGCAGCGGCUCGGCUUUCCGAUACCAAAGUCGCAGUCGAGGAACUCGGUCUCAACCUAAAACCCCGCGGCCAAGUACAUAAAAUUCUCCCUCAUUUCUUUUCAUGAAAUUUAAUCGCGCUCUAGGCAAAUCUCCUCUGCUGCUCCGACAUGCGUGACGCCUAUGGCUGGGUCGAAGCAUCGGAAGGAGACAUAGAAAAAGACAUCAGUUACUGGAUUCGAUACCAAGUGACCAUCAAAGCAGAAGCUCUUUCAUGCAAGCCAUUGGGAUGCAAAGGAAUAGCCAUGGUGGAGCUUUGUAACGAUGUAAGUAUCUCUACGAAAUAUCCUUUCAAUGUCGAAAACUUGCUGAGGAUCAUUUCAGGGUGGUGAGGUUUUGGUUGAUUCCACUUUGAUUGCCAGGUAUAUUGGUUCGAUCAAGGAUGGGUGUGGAAAGCAUGGCAGGGGAUUUUGUGGGCAGCAGUUUGA